GGGCUUCUCGCGUAUACUGGUCAAAAUUUUCGAGCAAGUGCGUUAUCUCAGUCUGAUUUGAAUCAUCUCGCAUGCAAGAGUUUGCAAUUUCUUCAAAAAUGUCGCACGCAGCAACUGCCUGCAACAGCAGCGAACUCAUCUGAUUCUGAACAUAGCGACCCGUCAUCUGCUGAGUAGCAGCUUCCAACUUUUACACCUGUAUAUAUCUGACAUUUCUACUAUUGAUUUUGUGGCUAAUACUGUAUCACUGACCCGAACCGGUUGGCAUAUCCUUCGCGCGCGUUGCGUGCAAAUACACGCCCGAAAUUUUUUCCGUUGAUUCAUCGCAGUGUUCUCGACUCUCACGCUAAUACUUUUACGCAAAACGUUCCUCACCCAAGCAGCGCAUGUUUCGGAUCCACGUUCUUGCUGGCACUCGUUCACAGAUUCAACAAAGUAGAACUUGGGGUUAUUAGUUCUUGUCUCUGCAAUAUUUCGCUCUUUCCUCUUAGUUCUUUCUUUCUUAAAGUCAUCAACUUUGCCAGAAGAUCACCACCGAAGUAUCUUGGUUUCUCCAUCUAGACCUUAUACUUACACGAGACAGUCCGAAGUCACUUAAUAAACUUAACAGCAGCGCAGGGAUGUCGUCAUCCCUGCGCUAGCCUGUGAUACAUUACUAUAGCCAAUACUUCAACUUCUAAUUCUAUGCAAAAUGCAAAGUUGAUAUUUUUAUCAUAUGUUUAUGUAGAAAGUUCCAAAGCGUCUAACUCCCUUGAACUUUGGCGCUGUGUCGGAGAAAGCUUGUUUCGAGGAGGCCAGCUCUUCUUCUAGCUCGUCUAAAUACCGUUGCGCGAGUCCAGGGGCUAAACCGAGUCCAACUUUUUUUUAGAGGAUUCUAUUGAAUUCUUGUGAUGAAGACCACUUCUCAUAUGUAUGUCAUAUGAUGAGCAACAAACUUUCUUGAUCUUAAAUGGAGGGAAUCGAAAUCAUUUUCAAUGUUUUUCAUGCAUUCAGCAUAGCUUAAAGAUGGCAUCUUCCCCAUUCUCUUCCAUGCAUUUUUUUAGACGUAGUGCUAUUGAAGUACUUCUGGUAAUGAUGUUACUCGAUCCAGGGUCAAGCGCUUCUAUUCAUCUACAGACAUAAUUAUCCCAAUGGACGACUGGAAUUGCCCACGCUCGCAUCAGUGCGAUCAGCAACGCUAUUUGCGACACGGCUGGGGUAGGUUUUUCAACUUCACCCGCGGGAAAGACCGACUCGAGUUCCCUGGAAAUUUUGUAGUUUGUUAACGUUACUCUACAGACACGCACUGAACGCACUUACUAGAGCACGGCGGCGAGCCGUGGUAGCAGUUGUUCUCUCAUGCGCGGCGGCGUCUGAGGUGGCCGGGGGUGUUAACAGAUAAAGCCACCCGGAAAAACCCAAGGGAACCAGGCGCGAAUACUCGCACCGACGCCCGGGCCGAUGCCCUACCCUUGUCCAUCUUCAUGGUGCGCGGGCAGUGUCUCACAAAGUCGGCUUCUCCCUCCGAAGCCGCGCAGCCUGCUCCCCCCGUCGCGGGGUCGUUCUCAUACCGUAGGAAGCGUGCUCCCUACGGUAUGAGGAUGACCCCGCAGCACCAAGCUGCUGCGCCCUAAAUCAAUGCCGCAGCUCUCCAGGUGGGAGGCAUUUGCGCUAUCCGCAACGUUUGCCGCAGUGACCGCCCUCGCGUGGGCCUUUGCCUUUUUUGGCGUAUCCCUGUCACGUGGGUCUCCCCGUGAAUAGAAGACGAGCCAGCGCGUCCAUCUCCUGCACUGCCGUCAGACGCGGCUAGCAAGUUCAGCCAGCCACGCCGCACUCAGUGGGCCUAGGAUGUCCUCCCCGCGUACGCAGCAGGUCAUGCCCGUAAGGCAUUUUCACCCCCGGCGUCUCCCAUCGCGGGCCAUGGGCCGUCUCCAGC